CUGUCUUAGAAUUGCUUCUUCUUCUUAACUACUAACAGCUAGUAGUUUUACUACCGUGCUCUUUGCAUUAACUUAUUCUUGGCCACCCCCGGCUCCUUUUUAGAGAUAGAAGAACCCGGUCUAAGGCAUCUAGGGUAUUUGAUCUAGACCCCUUCUCGGUUCUUCCUGGACCACUUCCCUUGCGACUCUAACCAACUUCUUGACACUCUUUUAACCUUAUUAACUUCUUCAUAUGUGAGGCCGGCUGCCCUUUCGCCCUUUCGACCUCGUGAUUCUAGUCGCUACGAAGGCUCAUCGCCGAGCUACUUGGCAACAUGGUCGUACUCGAGGGCGUCGAUCUCGACGCAUUGAGCUAUAUAAUCAAAGUCCCUUAUAAUGGCACCGGUGCAACUGGAGGCGAUUCAUUGACCGAAGACUUGAACAUUUGGUACGAGAGUGGCGAUGUCGCCUGGAUGAUCACAUCCACAGCCCUCGUGCUGCUUAUGAUUCCGGGAGUCGGCUUCUUCUAUUCUGGGCUCGCUCGUCGCAAAUCGGCCUUGUCUUUAAUAUGGCUUUCCGUCAUGGCCACGGCCGUCACCACGUUCCAAUGGUUUUUCUGGGGUUAUUCGUUAACAUUCUCCCACACCGCGUCGUCUUACAUCGGAGACCUGGCCAAUUUCGGAUUCAAAGACGUACUAGGCCAACCGUCGGUUGGCUCUACGAGAAUCCCGGACUUGCUCUUCGCAGUCUACCAGGGCAUGUUCUCGGCCAUCACCGUCGCUCUCGCGACAGGAGCUGUAGCUGAGAGAGGUCGCAUGCUACCGUGCGUCAUCUUUAUGUUCAUCUGGUCUACGAUCAUUUACGACCCGAUUGCUUGCUGGACCUGGAACCCAGCUGGAUGGUCUAACAAGAUGGGUGGGCUCGAUUUUGCAGGUGGCACCCCGGUCCAUAUUGCUUCUGGGACAGCCGCCCUUGCAUAUUCAAUGAUGUUAGGAAAGCGACGUGGUCACGGCACUCACGAAUUGAACUACCGACCUCAUAACGUCACUCACAUAGUCGUCGGAACGGUGUUUCUAUGGGUCGGCUGGUUCGGUUUCAACGCUGGUAGCGCGCUCUCAGCAAACUUGCGCGCUGUCAUGGCCGCGGUGGUAACAAAUCUAGCUGCUUGUGUCGGUGGGAUUACAUGGUGUGUUCUCGAUUAUAGGCUGGAGGGCAAGUGGUCAACAGUAGGCUUCUGUUCUGGGGUCGUAGCUGGUCUUGUUGCGAUUACCCCUGGCUCAGGUUACGUUCCAGCCUGGGCUGCAGUAAUCUACGGUGUUCUCGGAGCCGGCUUUGCCAACUAUGCUACCAAACUGAAGUUCCUCCUACGAAUUGACGACGCUUUGGAUAUCUUUGCUGUACACGCUGUUGGCGGCUUCGUGGGAAAUAUAUGCACGGCUUUCUUUGCUGCCGACUACAUUGCGCAUCUGGACGGCUUUUCGGUCAUCAAGGGCGGUUGGGUGAACCAGCACUGGAUUCAGCUGGCAUAUCAGCUGGCUGAUUCCAUCUGCGGAGGGUGUUAUUCAUUCGUUGGAACAUGCAUAAUUUGCUUCCUUCUCAACUUAAUUCCUGGCCUUCAACUUCGGGCCAGUGAAGAAGCUGAGAUUCUCGGUAUCGACGACGCGGAAAUUGGCGAAUUCGCCUACGAUUAUGUCGAACUUACGAGAGAGGUGCUCAACGACAUUGAAGGCGCUGAUGCCAACAGCCGAUAUUCUGCUGAUGCCGGAAACUCGUUUGACCCCCGUGAGAAGAACAGCAUCCCUCUAAUGGACUCUCGCGGGUAUCCUGGACAAGCCUCUUCAUCGGCAGCUUAAUCUAGAUCUCGGCCUUGAGGUCUAUUUGUAUGAUACGGAACUAAUUCACUAUGUAUUCGAGUCUCUACAAUAGGGGGGGAAUGAGUAAUGGCGGAUAUUUCGCUCGCUUAUGCGAUAUCUGGAAGGGCGCUUCGGAGUUACAAAGCCUGUAUGAAAGAUUUAUACCCUCGGCAUCAGUAUAUUGCACAAAACUAAAAGCCUACCUACAUGUACUUGAUGCCAAAUUUGAGCACAGGUCUGUCUAGCGAGACUAGGAGGUGUUUUCUAAUACGAUUAAAACAUAAGGUUAACUUUGAAAACUGGGCGCUCUUUCAAGUUAAGAUCAAUACUUUUACGAUACUUCAAAUUCAAAGCAAACCUUGCUUG